AAUCAAGUCGCGUUUCGUGUCGCGCGCGUGCCUAUCGUGUUACCGGUGUGUUAUUCUCUUAAAUUAAUCAAAUUAAUUAACGAAUUACAGCGUGUACGUCGUAGUGCAUAUGCUGUACAAGAAAGACUUUGCUAAUAUUCGUAUUUCGAGUAUUAAUUCAACUUCUUCAACGCUUCCAACGAGGUUGGAUUCAGCAAGCGGAUCGGUGAUUCUACGAGAUGUGAGAGAAAGGGCGACGAAAGCGAAUGGGGAUGGUGGUUGGUGAGCGGCUGAUGUGUGUGACACGGCGGCGGCGAUGUUUCGCGUUCGACUGAGCCGAAAAACAACCCUCGAGCGAUCCGUGCGACAGGGGAGCGCAUCCACCACCUGCCACUUGCACACUACCCUUCAAUUUUGACCCUUAAGAACAUCUGCACCUAUAAGCACAUUUUCGCGGUUUGCCAACCGUCAUCUGUUUAUAAUCCCCACAUUCCACAGUGCGCUACGACGACGUUAAACAUCCACCGCAAGUAUUAUUAGACCUGGAAACAAGUUCACAUAGUAAAAAUGACGAUCCCGAACGCUGCACACACACCGGAGUUGGCUCUCCGUCGCUUUUUAUACUUAUCCACCGAUUCGAACUGUUUCAUCACCGGCGAUCCACAGCGACACAAACGUCUCGUACGACAUAAACUACGUGAACUUGAAGAAUUACUCAAGACAGAUCCAGCUAAGGUCAUCCGCAUCGUGUCGGCCAUCAACGGCGAGAACCAAGUGCCGCGUCGCGAAGUUAUCUUCUUCGUACUCGCAGCUGCACUCACGCUUACAUCCAACGAGUUCUCCAUCAGCGAUGUUUAUCGCCGGGAAUUGUACACAACUGUACUGUAUGCGUGCAGAAACGAUGAGGAAUUCUUCUGUUUUAUCAAACACAUGACAACGAUGAAGAAGACGUUCCCAUCUGGUUUGAAUAAAGUCAUCUCGAGGUAUUACAAGAAUAAGGAGCCUAUGGAUCUGGUGCGAGAUGCAUGCAAGAGGAAAGGGUAUCAUAAUUGGACACACAAGGAUUUGAUAAAGUUGUCACAUAUCAAAACGGAUAAUACACUGCUUCAGAUAGCAAUAACGUACAUUUUGAAAGGCCUACCUGCUGCUGAAGCAAUCGCAAAUGAAAAGAAAGAGGGCAAAGACAUAAUAAAAUACAUAAAAAGAAUCAAGCGUUCAAGAAAACGACUUCUGUUGAAGAAGCAGUUAAAUAUGAGUGGACAACAAGUACCGUUCGAAUUAAUUCCGCCACAGUUCAAUCACAAUGUGCAAUGUCUCGAAACAUUGCUGAAAUACAUCGGUGUCAAAGAAUUACUGCCGCUUUUGUUACGUUUCUAUAAACUGAAGAUGUUAAAAAUCGAUUCGGAGGCGCACAAUCGUGUUGUGAAGAUUUUGAGCGACUCUAGUAAGGUAAAAGCGUCUGGUGUGCAUCCGUAUGAAGUUUAUCUCGCGUUGAGAUACUUCGAGAAAGGUGGAAAAGCUAAAGAUCCCAAACUGAUUGCACAUUUAGAAAUGAAAGAAAAAGCGGAAAAAGCAGAGAAAAACAUCACCGAAUUCACGCCGACGAAUUGGGCACGUGUGGACCCUACAAAUAGUCCGUUAGUUGUUGAUGCUCUGAAGAAAUGCUUGCAGUUGUCCUAUGCUAAUGUCGUGCCGUGCAAUCGCCGCUUUCUUAUCACGGUGGAAGUGUCUGAAAACAUGUCCAAACCGUGUUUGACUAGUAAAUGGUUGAGUGGAUACGAAGCCGCUGCUAUUGAGGUGAUGACUUAUGUGAAAACUGAAAAGAAUGUUGUAGUUGCCGUGUUUAAUGGGGAUACAAUCACCGAAGUUACGAUUGAUAAAGGUAACUCAAUUGAACAAACAAUUAAAUGUUUGCAAGAUGCUAACCACGGCGAGUUGCAAAUGGGCGCAUCAAUCGAAUACGCCAGAAGUAAAAAGAAGUCUUUCGAUGUUUUUAUUAAUAUUGUACACACUCCGCUGCACAAACAUUUUAUAACGGAGAAUAAUCUCCUAAUAAAUCCGCUAGAAGCGUAUGUCAAAUACAAAUCUGCCAUGAAUAUGUCUUCAACCAAAUUGGUUCUGCAUAAUUUGAAUAAUCCGGUGCAGACGGUCUUCCCGGAGUCUUCGCUGGACAUUCGCGGCUUUGAUGAAUACGUGCCGCGCGUUAUUGAUGCAUACGUUAAGAAUUUAGUUUAGUUCGCUAUUUUGAAUUUAUUUUUUGUUUCGAAUCUCAUUUACGUUUAAUGCAACUUACGAUAUGCUAUUUUUACACGUCAGUUGUUUCUAGUUGUUCUUUUAAUUUUGUAUUUUUACUUUACUUUGUUUGUGUAUUGUCGUUUAAUCGAGGCACAUGUAAACAAACGAAGCAAUAAUUGUUACUAACAGGCACGUAAUCUCACAUAUUAACGAUUGUUUAGAUGUAUUGUUGGCGUAAUAUGUUAAUGCGAAUCGCCUAGUGUCGCACAGUGAGGACUAACAAAAGUGAUAUUUGAUAAACUGCUAUUUUACGAAGUUGAUUUUUUUUAUAUGUAACGAAAAUACACGCAUAUGUACACGAAAUGUUUAUUAUACAAUAGUGAAAUGUUUGUAUAAUAGGUUGCGAUCCUUGCGACGAAAACAAAAACCCUCAAUACAACUCUUACAGAUAUUAA